AUGUAUACUGCUGAUACAUUGUCCAGAGCAGUAGAUCCAAAUGCUCAGUUGAAUGCUGAAACUGAGGAAGAUAUCAGAGUCUACGUAGAUGCUAUUGUCAAGAGCAUGCCAGUUACAUCGAACAAACGAAAUCAGAUUGUCGAAGAGACAAAGAAAGAUGAUCAACUGCAAGAGCUGCUAGGCAUCAUCAGAGAUGGUUGGCCGGAAACGAAGCAGCAAUCAUGUCCAGUUCGAGUCAGGGAAUACUGGAACAUCAGGAGUGAACUCUCUGAAGCAGAUGGCAUCAUCUUCAAAGGCAGCAAAAUAGUGGUUCCCACUACGAUGAGAAGGUUCAUGCUAAACAAAAUCCACGAAGGACACUUAGGCAUCGAGAAGUGUAAGAAACGUGCUAGAGAAGUCAUCUAUUGGCCCAGAAUCAACACAGACAUCACUGAAAUGGUCCAAAGUUGUACUUCAUGCCUAAUGUACAGACCAAAACAGCAAGCUGAAAGUCUACAUCCUCAUGACGUGCCGAACCGCCCGUGGGAAAAAGUUGCUGUUGAUUUGUUCACGCUGAACAAUAGAGAGUACAUGGUCAUCGUUGACUACUAUUCACAGUUCUUUGAAGUAUGUACUAUGACUUCUACUAGUAGCAAGGCCGUGAUCAACCACAUGAAAGCAGUAUUUGCUCGCCAUGGAACGCCAUGUGAACUGAUGUCGGAUAAUGGUCCUCAAUUUGCAAGCCAAGAGUUCCAGAGCUUUGCAAAAGAAUGGGCUUUUCACCAUACUACAUCGAGUCCAUAUUAUCCGCAAUCCAAUGGCCUCGCAGAGAAUGCUGUGAAGAUUGUCAAUACUCGAUCAGUGAGGGGAAGAAAGGAGGAUCAUAAGGUGAAGCAAAAAGAGCGAUUCGACAAACAUGCUCGAGACUUGUCAAAGCUAAAGCCUGGAGAUCAUGUCAUACUCCAAGACAUGAAAACCAACACCUGGUCGAAACGUGGUAUUGUCAGGUCUGCCCAGGAUCGAAACAGAUCAUACCAGAUCGAGACAGAAACAGGAGAGAUACGUCGCAGGAACAGACGUCACCUCAGGCCAGUCCCACGUCAACAACAAGCCGAGUCUAUUCCACUACCAACACAUGAUGACUUCGAGCUAGAUGACACUGCAGAAGCUACAGAGCAAACAGCAUCUGAAGAAAGCUGA